CGUCCCGUCCGGCUAGCCGCGGGUGCGGUUUGCGUGUGCUGGCGUCUCUGCUGCCCCUCGCUGCCGACCUCCGGAGCGUGGACGCUGGGUGUGCCGGCCAUGGUCCCCCGGUUGGAGGCCGAGCUCUUGGUACUGAACCCGCUGCGCGCCGUAUGGCUCACGCUGGCCGCCGCCUUCCUGCUGACCCUCCUGCUGCAGCUCAUGCCGCCCCGCCUGCUUCCGGGCUGCGCGCUCUUCCAGGACCUCAUCCGCCAUGGAAAAACGAAGCAUGGGGGACCGCCGCGCCCUGCUAUCUGCCGGGCCUUUGAUGUCCCCAAGAGGUACUUUUCUCACUUCUACAUCAUGUCAGUGCUGUGGAACGGCUUCCUGCUUUGGAACCUCACUCAGGCUCUCUUCCUGGGAGUGCCUUUUCCAAACUGGCUUCAUGUUUUGCUGAGACUUCUUGGGGCUGCGCAGUUCCGAGGGGGUGAGCUGGCUCUGUCUGCCUUCUUAGUGCUGGUGUUUCUGUGGCUGCACAGCGUGCGGAGACUCCUCGAGUGCUUCUAUGUCAGUGUCUUCUCUGAUGCUGUGAUUCACGUCGUGCAGUACUGUUUUGGACUUGUCUACUACGUCCUCGUCGGCCUGACUGUGCUGAGCCAGGUGCCGAUGGACGGCCGGCAUGUCAAUGUGAUAGGGAAGAAUCUCGUGAUGCAGGCUCGGUGGUUCCAUAUCCUUGGAAUGAUGAUGUUCAUCUGGUCAUCUGUUCAUCAGUAUAAGUGCCAUGUCAUUCUGGGCAACCUCAGGAAAAAUAAAGCAGGAGUGGUCAUUCACUGUAACCACCGAAUCCCUUUUGGAGACUGGUUUGAAUACGUUUCUUCUCCUAACUACUUAGCAGAGCUUAUGAUCUACAUUUCCAUGGCUGUCACCUUUGGAUUCCACAACUUAACUUGGUGGCUCGUGGUAACAUACGUCUUCUUCAACCAGGCCCUGUCUGCUUUCCUCAGUCACAAGUUCUACAGAAGCAAAUUUGUCUCCUAUCCAAAGCAUAGGAAAGCUUUCCUACCAUUUCUGUUUUAAGAAAACCUCAGUCAUGAAGAAUGCAAACCAGGUGCUGGGUACGAUUCUUAAGGACCACGAAGUCUAGAGAUCAAAGUACACUCUCUGCUGGACUGCUUGAAACUCUGUUCCAUUUCUAUAUCCAAAAGUCUUCACUGAAUGAGCAAAGCACUAUUCCUCAAGGAAAAGAGUCUUCAGAGAAGAAAUACUUGUGACAGACCUGAGAGAGCUUUGUAAAACCAACAAACUGCUCAAAAGUAGAUGAGACCUCUGCAAACUGCUUUGAAAUCAAACUAACCAAGAACAUACGAACAGCUUCAAACCUACACAGAGGAAGAGAGAAGUCAUCCAUGGCUUCGUUUUCGCUACAGACAAAUUAACUAGACCACACAGUGUAGUAGGUGCUCAGUAACUGCUUAUCAUAUUGCAAUCAAGGCAGAAUAGCCUUUGAAAAUGACGACAAUGUGUAAGUUAUACCAAUGGAUUCAGAGAAAAAUGAGUUUAUGGGAAUUUGAUUUAUUACCACAGGGAUUUCUGUAUGUAAUUAAUCAUCAGUAAUCGUCUCCCCCUCAAAUCAUAGCCUGACAGAAAGUGUGAAACCUUUUAUGUAAUACUUUUUUGACGUCCCUUUCAAAGGAGUACCUUAAAAGUGAAAGCAUCUGAAAAUAAACUAUUUUUAUAUUUAUGCACAGAAGGCCUUCCUGAAUGGAACUGACUUCCAUGUCUGAUGGGAUGGUACUGUAGCCUCAUUCAUAUGUAGUUAUUCAAAUUAGAUUAAUGUCUGCCUGAGUUUAUUCUAAUAGGAUAAAUCCAAACAUGUUUAAAAAUAAAGUUUACACUUGAAAUAGCUUAUGUUAAAGAAAACAGCCAUGGUUGAAUCAAGUGGCUAUAAAUGCAUGGUAUGAAAAUAGAAAAUAAUGUUAUAGCCUGAGCAAUGCAGUAAAAAUUGCACAUCUGUGCAGCAUAAGAUUUACUGGCUUAUUGGCUGAGGUAUUAACUAUCCCUUUUAUAGAAAUGUCUUUUAGUCUACUGGGUACCAAAGUUUUGCAGUAACUGAGGGAAAGAACCUCAUUAUUAACCAGACACAUAAUGGAAUUUAUAGUCUAAGAAUAUCCUUCCCAGCCCCAUCCUUGGAGGAGUCAACUGAAGCUUUUAAAUACACUCUCAUUUAAUCUGACUUUAAAUAUAUGUAUGUCAGCCCAUAUUCUAAAAUUCUUAGAAUUCGGAUGUAGCAUUUUCUCCUCCAGCAAUCAGAUACCACUUCCAUCAGCUGCUCAACCUAUUCAAAUAAAUGACAUACUCACUUCACUUAACAUUUGGUUUUACCAUCCUCAGGACCAGGACUCAGGAACACAACUUUCUGCAUUAGGAAAGUAAAGCAUAUAAUGUUUUAGUCUUAAUUUUCACCCAAAUGAGAUGGAUAAUUUUUAGUAGCAUAUUAUUUUGGGAUGAAAAAAAUGUAUUUUGCUUUAGCAUGCAAUUUUAUGCUGGCUUAGACUAGGAAUUUGACUGCUGUUCUGGAGAGCAUUCCCAGUACCCCCUUCCUUGCCCAAACAUUGCAUUUCUAUGUGAAGAUAAAAAAGGAAGUAGUGAUGUCCUCAGAGGGGUUCAGGGCAAAGUCCUGUGGUCUUUGAAAGCUCAACCAUGGGAAAUAAUUCAGAACUGUGUGGUGAUUGCAAGGUCACAGUCAGGAUUGCUCUUUGUGUUGGUGAAGAUGUUCCGUAUGCCUAAAAGGAGAGCACCAAAGGGAGUCUGCAAAUUCUUCAUAUAGGUGAUCCAGAAAUAGCUUGGGGGGGGCGGUUCUUGAUUUUCCUGUUGGCUUAGUGGAAUAGCUCUAAUUUUUCCUCUUCUGUUGCUAUUAAGUUCCAGGAAAUGAUAGUCAACUACCUCCAAACAGCAUUCCCUGGAUUAACUACUGAAUAACAAUUAAGUCUCUGAGUUGUAGCUCAUCUUCUACACUAACAUUUGCGUUCAUUGAGCAUAGAUUAUUUUGUCCACAAAAGCUUUGUUCUAUAUUCAAUGAGUGGUUAUGGCUAAAAUUCCUAUCAAAAAAAGAGGAAGCCUUUGCUGGAAUUUUUAUGUAAGGCUUAAUGGAUAGUUUAAGGGGACUCUAAACAUUUGCAUAACUAAAGUUAACUGAAAAUUCAAGGACCAUUGAUAAGUAAUGUAUCUCAAAAUGAACUGAUAUGUUAAAGAUCUUAAAAUAGUAGAUCAACAAGUAGAAAAUCUUAUACCUGUCUAAGCAGGUUUUGCCCACUUGCUCACAUUGUUUAUCAGAAAAAAAAAAAAUUUAACUGAUUUUUAUCAGGAUCUCACAUUAGUCUAGUGUUCUAAGAUUUUUCUGACAAAUGGACAAGAAGCCCUGAAGGUAGCAGUGGAUCUUUAAAUCAUCCACGUGAGUCAUACUUCAUCAUUUUCCGCAAAUACCAAAGAUCUCCUAGGAACCCAUCUAUUGGUUUGGGGGGAAAUUUUUAAUUAUUCAAAUAAAAACUGUACUAUGAA